AGGUAUCCUACAUAUCGCUCCAACAUUAAUUUUUAAUGUUACAGGCUAAGAAAUUUUUACAAAUAGCUAGUAUUCACAUCUAUAUUUUUAAAAAGCUAAAUCUAAAAGUUUACUUGUUUAGUGCCUUUGCCUCAGCCUACUGCUCCCACGAGUUCAGCCCUUGCACUUUCCUUUUAAUUGUAAUUAACUGUUUGAAAAGUUCUUAAUAUAUAAAUGAUCCGUAAAUACUUCAUUUAAUUGUACGACUAUUUUUAAAUGCUAUUUCAUCAACAUAAUCUUUAUUGUUUAAUUUACUAUUAAAAUCCAAACGCAUAGAUAAAUAAAUUAAAAAUGGUUGUUGCAUUACAUCAAUUUGAUUAUGUUUUUGCAAUCGGUAUGAUCUUUGCAUUCUUGGAUGCAUGGAAUAUUGGAGCUAAUGAUGUUGCUAACUCAUUUGCUUCUUCCGUGUCUUCAAGAUCUUUAAAAUAUUGGCAAGCUAUGAUUUUAGCUGCUCUUUGUGAAUUCUUAGGUGCUGUUUUAGUUGGUUCAAGAGUUUCUGAUACCAUAAGAAACAAGAUUGUUGAUGUUAAAGAAUUCAGCGAUGAACCUGCCGCUCUUAUGUUAACUAUGGCUUGUGCUUUAGUUGGUUCAUCUCUUUGGUUAAGUUUCGCUACUUCUAUUGGUAUGCCAGUUUCUACCACCCAUUCCAUUGUUGGUGCUGUUAUUGGUGCUGCUAUUGCUGCUAAAGGUGGUAAUAAUAUUAUUUGGGGUUGGGCUGGAGUUUCUCAGAUUAUCGCUUCUUGGUUUAUUGCACCACUUUUAGCCGGUAUUCUUGCUUCUAUCAUUUUCUUGUUCUCCAAAUAUUGUGUUUUAGAAGUCAAGAAUCCAAAGACUUCUUUAAGAAAUGCUAUGCUUUUAGUUCCUUUCUUAGUAUUUGUUACUUUCUCAAUCUUAACUAUGUUAAUUGUCUGGAAAGGUUCUCCAAAGUUGAAGUUAAACAAAUUAUCUGGUCCAACAACUGUUGCUGCUAUUCUUGGUACUGGUGCUGUUGCAUUUGGUGUUUACAUGUUGUUCCUUUACCCAUACUACAGAAGAAAGUUAAUUCACGGAGAUUGGACUUUAAAAUGGUAUCACAUUUUCAUUGGACCAAUCUACUGGUUCAAAUCAACUAGUGAUAUUCCUCCAAUUCCAGAAGAUCAUAGUAUAGUACCAGAUUACUAUAAAGGUAGAAGAUACGAAGAAGAAGGCGGUCAUGAAUCUUCUGAAGCUGAUGAAACCAAACCACAUGAUACUGAAUCUGGAUCCUCUAUUGAAAAGGGACACGAACAACAUUCUAACAUUGCCGAUGUUGAAUCUCAAAAGGCAGUUGUUAAAAAAGAAGAAAAGGUCCCAACUAAGACUCUUUGGUGGAACUUGUUAAAGGCUGGUCCAAAGGAAUGGCCACGUUUACUCUGGUUGGUUGUUUCUCACGGUUUUGUUCAAGAUGUUAUUAGCAACCAAGUCCAACACCAAGAUCUUUUAUCUGGUGAUCUUAAAGGUAUGCAUCAACGUUCCAAAUAUUACGAUAACAAGCUUGAAUUCUUAUACUCCUUAUUACAAGCCAUUACUGCCUCCACCAUGUCUUUCGCACAUGGUGCAAACGAUAUUGCUAACGCUACUGGACCUUUAGCUACUAUUUACGUUACUUGGAGUACUAAUACUGUUGGUUCUAAGAAUGAUGUUCCAGUUUGGGUCUUAGCUUAUGCCGCUGCAGCAUUAGUCAUUGGUGUCUGGACUUAUGGUUAUAAUAUCAUGAGAAACUUAGGUAAUAAGUUGAUCUUACAAUCUCCAUCCAGAGGUUUCUCUAUUGAAUUAGGUGCUGCUGUCACUACCGUUAUGGCUACCCAAUUAGCCAUUCCAGUUUCUACUACUCAAUCUGCUGUUGGUGCUACUGUAUUUGUUGGUUUAUGUAACAGAGAACUUAAAUCUGUUAACUGGAGAAUUGUCGCUUGGUGUUACUUAGGUUGGAUUUUCACCUUACCAAUGGCUGGUUUGAUUGCUGGUUUACUUAAUGCCAUCAUCAUUCAUGCUCCAAGAUUAGGUCAAACUUACUCUUUAUCUUCUUAAUCGACACUAUAUAGUAUAUACACUUUUUAUUUCUAUUUCUACCCAAGUUUCA